AUGGCUUCCAAGACUGCCUCGCGGCUGAUAUCGCCGCUCCAAUCGCUUGCUAGAGGUGCCGGGGCACGACCUCCCUCAUUCCUUACUCCUUCUCUGAUCCUCUUCGGAAACCAUACCCCCACACCUCUGCCUCUCUGGUCCUCACCAUGGACCCCGACCGUUCGGCAUAGCUCCCACUCGCCAAUGGGGCAGUCGCCGGUCAACCCACGGAAGAAAGUGACCAUGCAAACCUUACGAAGUCUGUACAAGAAGGGAGAGCCAAUCACCAUGCUGACGGCUCAUGAUUUUCCCAGCGGCCAUGUCGCCGAAGCAGCCGGAAUGGAUAUGAUUCUGGUGGGGGACAGUUUGGCCAUGGUCGCUUUGGGGAUGGAGGACACGAGCGAGGUGCUGAUGGACGAAAUGCUGCUGCAUUGUCGGAGUGUAGCGCGCGCCGCCAAGAGCGCCUUCACGGUUGCGGACCUGCCCAUGGGCUCGUAUGAGGUGUCGCCGGAGCAGGCGGUUCAGUCGGCUAUUCGGAUCGUGAAGGAGGGCCGCGUCCAGGCUGUCAAACUGGAAGGAGGCAAGGAGAUGGCACCGACUAUCAAGCGGAUCGUGCAGGCGGGCAUUCCGGUUGUGGGUCAUAUCGGGCUCACGCCGCAGCGGCAGAAUGCCCUCGGAGGCUUCAGGGUACAGGGCAAGUCGACGGCGGGUGCCCUGCGAUUGCUGAACGAUGCCUUAGCUGUGCAGGAGGCCGGUGCAUUUAUGAUCGUUGUCGAAGCAGUCCCCGCGGAAAUCGCAGCGAUCAUCACAAAGAAGCUGUCUGUGCCCACCAUUGGCAUUGGAGCAGGCAAUGGAUGCUCGGGACAGGUCCUGGUACAGAUCGACAUGACCGGCAAUUUCCCUCCUGGCCGAUUCCUCCCCAAAUUUGUCAAGAAGUAUGCCGACGUGUGGGGAGAGGCCAUCAAGGGAAUUGAGCAGUACAAAGAGGAAGUCAAGAGCCGCGCAUACCCUUCACAAGAGUACACCUAUCCCAUCGCCAAGGAGGAAUUGGCGGAGUUUGAGAGGGCUGUUGAGAAAGUCGACCGAAGCUGA